GGUGGCCGAUCCGGUCCGCUCCGGUCCUGUCCGGUCCUGUCAGUCAGUCAGUCAGUCAGUCAGUCAGUGAGGGGAGCGCGGCCGGUCCCGUCGGCCCCCCGGCCCCGGAGGAAGGACCCCCGGGGUCACCCCCAGCGGACCCCGCCACCGCCCACCGCCCACCGGGAGGGAGGGAGGGAGGCCGGGCCCCGGCGACACCCACCUCACCAUGGUGCUCCUGGCGGCCGCGGUCUGCACGAAGGCCGGCAAGGCCAUCGUCUCGCGGCAGUUUGUGGAGAUGACCCGGACCCGGAUCGAGGGCCUGCUGGCCGCUUUUCCGAAGCUGAUGAACACCGGAAAGCAGCACACGUUCGUGGAGACGGAGAGCGUGCGGUACGUGUACCAGCCCAUGGAGAAACUCUACAUGGUCCUGAUUACCACCAAGAACAGCAACAUCCUGGAAGACCUGGAGACCCUCCGGCUCUUCUCCAGAGUGAUCCCGGAGUACUGCCGAGCCCUGGAGGAGAACGAGAUCUCCGAACACUGCUUCGACCUGAUCUUUGCCUUCGACGAGAUCGUGGCCCUGGGCUACCGGGAAAACGUCAACCUGGCGCAGAUCCGCACGUUCACCGAGAUGGACAGUCACGAGGAGAAGGUGUUCCGGGCAGUCCGAGAGACUCAAGAACGAGAGGCCAAGGCUGAGAUGCGACGCAAGGCCAAAGAGUUGCAGCAGGCCCGGAGAGACGCCGAGAGACAGGGCAAGAAAGCCCCCGGCUUUGGGGGAUUCGGAAGCUCGGCCGUGUCCGGCGGGAGCACGGCAGCCCUCAUCACGGAGACCAUCAUCGAGACGGAAAAGCCCAAGGUGGCUCCCCCACCAGCCAGGCCUUCGGGCCCCAGUAAGGCCCUGAAGCUCGGCGCCAAGGGGAAAGAAGUGGACAACUUCGUGGACAAGCUCAAAUCUGAAGGCGAAACCGUCAUGUCGUCAACAGUCGGCAAGCGGGUGUCCGAAGCAGCCAGGGUUCUAGCUCCACCUAUUAACACGGAGAGCGUGCACAUGAAGAUCGAGGAGAAGAUCACGCUGACCUGCGGGCGGGACGGGGGGCUGCAGAGCAUGGAGCUGCACGGCAUGAUCAUGCUGAGGAUCUCCGACGAGAAGUUGGGCCGCAUCCGCCUGCACGUCGACAACGACGACAAGAAAGGAGUGCAGCUGCAGACCCACCCGAACGUCGACAAGAAACUUUUCACGGCCGAUUCUCUGAUCGGCCUGAAGAACCCCGAGAAGUCAUUCCCGGUCAACAGCGACGUCGGGGUGCUGAAGUGGCGGCUCCAGACCACGGAGGAGUCUUUCAUUCCCCUGACCAUUAACUGCUGGCCCUCGGAGAGUGGGAACGGCUGUGACGUCAACAUAGAGUACGAGCUGCAGGAGGAGAGCCUGGAGCUGAACGACGUGGUCAUCACCAUCCCACUCCCAUCGGGCGUGGGCGCCCCCGUGAUCGGCGAGAUCGACGGCGAGUACCGCCACGACAGCCGGCGGAACACUCUGGAGUGGUGCCUGCCGGUCAUCGAUGCCAAAAACAAGAGCGGCAGCCUGGAGUUCAGCAUCGCCGGCCAGCCCAACGAUUUCUUCCCGGUGCAAGUCACCUUCGUCUCCAAAAAGAACUAUUGCAACAUACAGGUUACCAAAGUGACCCAGGUGGAGGGGAACAGCCCGGUGAGGUUUUCCACAGAGACCACCUUCCUCGUGGAGAAGUACGAAAUCCUGUAAGGCUGGAGGAGGGGACCCAGGCGGAGAUUUUGCAAUGAAUGGAAGAGAAGCCCGUCAGGGCCGAAGAUUUCUCCCGAAUCUCCAGGCCACCCAAGACCUUUUGUUUUCUGAUGAUGCUAUAUGCGCACGGACCCCGCCCUUCACCCCCGCGGUCCAGGGUCCCGACAACCUCAUUCUUUGGCCAAGAAUUGACAGACCGUGGAGGGAAAGUCCGCUCCCUUCUUCGGCAGAUCCUCUCGGUGGCAGAGAUGCCCCCGGUUUUACCCCCGCCCCAACCUCACCCCGGCCACCAUCGUUCCUUGUUUCCUCCCGGUUUUAAAACAGUUUGCUCCGCCGAAGGCGGUUUCGGUUGAGUUUCCCCGUCCCUCUCCGGUCUUCAGCUUCGCCGAGUCGGGCGGGCGACAGGAGCCCCUCCGGCGUAGGCAGAGUUUGGCACUCACGGUCCCACCCCGAGAGGCGGAUCACACCCGGGGAUCCGGCCUUGAUUUUAAAGGAUUAUGAAUGGGGUGUGGGCACUAAGGCUCUUUUUUUUUAGGAGAGGGUGCCUGGGGUCUCCAUCUUCCCCCUCCUCACCCCAAUCCUUGCCCGCCCCACUUUGCUCCUUUCUGAAUCUGCCCCCUAGGAUGGUGCCUUGGCCCGGAGCAUCGUCCUGCUUGGCGGGGAAGGUGGGCCCUUGGCCCUUUUACGAAGAAGGAGGCCGCCUAGUCACCUCUGACAUCCAGGGACCAGCUAGGCCAGGGAAGAGUAAUUUUAGAGUUGGCCCCGGAGUGGCAGGGACCCGGUCUGGGCUAGGACCCGAGCCGCCUCAUCUCUCCAGUCCCCCACACUCUCCCUUCCCCGCUCCCCAGCCCUGCUUGCCCAUCGCACCACCCCAGCUGGCCCAACGUGUCCUCUGACCUUUGAACUUUUCCAGGGCUGGCAGUGGGCAUCAUCCCAGGUGGCAGCCGAAGGGAAAAGAGAUUCCCGUGGCCGCCGCUGUCGACGAGGAAACGGCCCCCUCUGUACACCAAGGGCAAUGGGAACGGCUGCCAAAAAAAGUGACUGGCUUCUUCCUCUUUUCACAGAGACCUUGUGGCAUCAGUCCCUCGGGCCUGGUGGCCCCGGGAGGGGGGAGGAGAGCAGGGGCAGACCCCUCGUCACGUAGCUAUAUAGGCAAGAAACCCUAUUAAUCCAGUUUUGUUCGAGAAAUGCUUGUCCACACGAUUUUUUAAAUGGAGUCAGGUUUAGUUUCAACCAUCAACAGGAGCCCCCCCUUUUUUUUUCCCCCUUGAAAUUACUUUUGGGGUAAUAUUUAAAAUGAGAGAAGUUUUGUAACCCUGUAAAUUAAUUACAUAGGGAAUAUGACAUUCCAGUGUACACACAGAAUACGAAUUCUUUAAUCAAAUAAAAGAGUAUUGUAAAAUUGA